AUUCACUAGAGGAUGUUGCAAUGUUGCUCUCACACCCCUUUGUUUGUUUUGGUUAAUGUUGAUAAAUGUUGAUAAACAGACUGUAAUUUGGAAAUUGAAUUCUAUGAUAUUUAUUACAGUUUACGGAUUAUGUAGAAUUAGUUAUAGGACUCUCGAUUCACAUGUCAAUUUUCGUAUAUACAAAGUUUCAUCUUUCUGUUAUGUUAGUGACCAUUUUGGGUGUAUUUUUUACCAGACUCAAGAAAUGACCUCUUUUUCGGGAAACCAACAAACUUAUGAAUACCACACUGUUGACAACUUUGAAGUUGACAAUUUUGGAGUUCGCCUGGAAAACCGGAGUUCUGGAUGUUGGUCAUCUUCAUCUGUUAAACUAGUGCAACUUUGUUGUAUAGGAAUAUUGCUUCCUAUUGUGUGGAUAAUAAUUCCUGUUUACGCAAGGUUUUUCUUGUAUGCAAAUUCAGCUGUACCAUUGGCUUUUACACAGAUGCGUGUAUUAGACUCAAAUUUCAGCACUUUUUGGUGUCAAGGCCACUAUCUUUACACCAACAUAUCCUUAAUUGAUUCCUAUUUGAUGGAUAGAAAUCCUAUUGCUUCCUAUCAAACUCAGAAAAUGACUCAUCACUUUGAAUUGGACGAUGAUCUCAAGGAAUUCUGGGGAUUCUAUUUACUCAAAGGCUCGAAACUAACGAUUAGAUCUUGUGCAAGAUAUAUGGGAGCCACCGUUAUGCUAGUUAAAGGGAACCGUUCGUUGAAUUUGCUAUCUUGUCUGAAAGAUGGCUUAAGCUCGAGUGAAGAAAUAUCUACAGAAGCCAAAGAGAACAUUACCCUGCAGGCAACAGAAAUUCUCUCUUCCCAGCAUCCAUCGAGUGAAAGGAACGCCCAAGAUACUCAAUUCACGACGAACAAUAACUUAACAAUAAACGACAGGUCAACUACGCUUUCAAAAUUAGAUGAAGAGGUGGAAGAACUUGAAAAUGGGGCUUUCGAAGUAAACGACGAAAACAUUAUCAAAGAAAAAGACAUUUUUACCAACCCUUUGAUCAGCGACGUAUCUGAGUCGGAUGAAUCGCUGACCUCAAGCUCUGAAGAGGCAUUGCUUGCUUGUGCCAGUCCUGUUAUGAAUCAGUUCGUGGUUCCCGCUGAAGACUGCAACUCAACUCGAACCAAAUACAGCCUACUUGAAUACAUAGUUGAAAACGAUGGAUAUUAUUCCAUAAUAUUUUCUAGCAACUUUGAACAAAAGGGACAAGUAAAAAAUCCCGUUUUAACAGAGUUUGAAUUACUUCAAAAUAUCUACAAUACUACGAACGCAAUUGCUUCUUGCCACAACGCCACGGAGUGCCGUUUCUCUCUUAGCUUUGCGUCUACUCAACAAGUCGUGGUGGCACUUUCUGCUCCUCAUUACGACGCUGAAGAUCCUAGUAGUAGCUUAGACACGACCUUUACCGUGGAAUCCCAGUGUAUUCCACGCACUUCGAUCUAUCUUGCAUUUGGAUUGACUUUACCACUCGUCUUAAUUCUUUGUGCCUUCCUAUGACCAGAUUUAAAUAACUGUAUAUUUAUCACUCGUCAAUUUUUAGAUAGGUUAAGAUAACUGCUCAUCAGAAGUGAUCCUCAAACUUGAUUUAUCAGGGAACAAAAUUAUCGCCUCCAUUGAUACAUUGAUACCAAAGUUGGCAAUGUUUUAAAUAUUUGCUUGCCACAGGAAGUCGCAGCGAUGGAGAUUUCCUGUUUUCUCAGCCUCUAAGUUGGGGUUGCCGUUACUACGGAUACCACAGAAAUUUACUACAGUGUAGAAGAAGCAACUGCAAUUCAGACACAGAGAGGGGGCAGUUGAUGCCAGAUGCGAAGUCUGUCAACAAUGCUCGUUGAAACCACAUAUUAUUCCUCUUUGUAUCUCCUCAAUGUUUUAAAUUUAUGGUGUACUCUUCCAAUAACUAAAGUGAUCUUGAUCGUCGCCCUAAUUCUGUAAUUCAGAUCAGUGUCGUCUUCAAGUAUGGGAUUCUACAAUAAAGAAAUUGACCACUAAA